AAACGAACAAAAUAGACUGAAAACUAGACCCUGCUACGCGAGGGAUAAGAUAGAGUGGCUGAACCAUAUGCAGCUAACCUUCACUCUCUCUGAUAAAGAACAUGGCGCCCCUUGAUGUUUUAAUGGCGUCCAAGCUUAAUUUGCAGGUUAAUGGAUCAGUUUUAAGAAACCGUGUCCCUUAUCCUUUUAUCUCUUGUUCUCUUUCCUCCAGUUCUCGAGUGAAAUUAUCUCCAAUGAAUUCGGCUUCGAAAACGAGCACUCUGAUGUGGGGAUUGGGCAAAAGAAUGGCUGUUCGUCCAGUUGUGGUAGAAAAGAGGUUUCUUGUGAAAGCACAGUCAGAAAACGAAGAAGGGGAGCUGGGUUCUGAAGAAAAUGUUUCAGAGAAUGCAGAAUCGGCUCUGGAAGCCGAAACUUCUUCAUUGGUGGUGGCUACAUUGGAAGCGCCCGAACCAGAGGUUAAACCAAGAAAGCGGAGAAUUAAGUUUGGUGGUGAGAUAAUGGAGAUUUUGAACAAGCGUGCUGUUGAAGCAUCCGAGAAAGAGCGGCCUGUCCCCGAUAUUAGAACUGGAGAUAUUGUGGAGAUCAAACUGGAAGUCCCAGACAAUAAACGCAGAGUUGCAAUCUGCAAGGGUAUAGUUAUAUCAAGGCAAAAUGCCGGGAUCCAUACAACGAUCCGGAUUCGUAGGAUAAUUGCAGGUGUUGGCGUUGAGAUAGUUUUCCCACUGUACUCCCCAAACAUCAAAGAGAUAAAGGUUGUGAGUCAUCGGAAGGUUCGAAGGGCGAGGUUGUACUAUCUAAGAUACAAGCUUCCAAGACUUUCAACCUUCAAGUAAAACCACAAGCUUUUCUCAUCUCCUGUUGCCUGGAUUUGCUUCCGUAUAGGAAACUUUAUUUUCAUAUUUGCUUUUGUUCCAAAUUGUAAUUUUUCUUUUUUAAUUUCCUUUUCUGAUAGAGAGAAAUCCCUUGCUUUAGGAUUUUUGAUAAGAUAUUAAAAAAUCAGUUCCUUUGGUUUUGAAUUAGCUCAGGCUUGUCGGAGUGCAAAAUGUACAUUCACUACCUUAGGCAAAACCUAGCUAGGAGUGUUUAUAUGA